AUGAAGCUGAGACACAGCGUCUGCGCUCUGCUGGUAUUUUGCAGUGCACUGUGGGUCGUCUCCUCCUCCGAGGUUAAACCGCCUCCUGUCUGUGACUCCCUGCUGGCGUUCACCUCGGACGUCUCCUCGUCGUCUGAAGGAAACGGGAACAUCCACAGCAGAUCUCUGUCUGCGUGGAGCUGGAGGUCGACCACGGUGAAGAACCGGAUCCCAUCCACCCUCUGGGAGGCCGAGUGCAGCAGCAGCUUCUGUUCCAGUCCCAACAGACAGACAGACGGACACAACCUGAACUCGGUCCCCAUCUACCAGAACGUCCUGGUCCUGAACCGGCAGGACAGGGGGCGCUGCUACACCGCGUCGUACGUCUCGGUGGCUGUAGGCUGUACCUGCGUCUGGGCCAAAACCCGAGUCUGAGCCGCAUCGACCUGAAGCACCAGAACCAGAACCACCAGAACCAGAACCAAAAUCUGGAAUUCAAUCUGUAAUCUGUAAUCUGUGUGCUGUAUGGACUAUUUGUGUUUAAAUUAAAACAUACAAUGUAAAGAGACAUUAUUUUUAUUAAUAAAAGACAUUAAAGUACAACUAGACUGUUUAAACUGGUGGACUUUGUCUGUCCUCUGUACGGUG